AUGUACAUCAGCGAGCAGAGGUAUGCGUCGAGCAAUGAAAUCCCAGUUUGUGACCCGAAGCGGUUGGACACCAAGCCAGGCGUCCUCUCCCUCAUCCUUUUCGCAUUUGUCUGGUUCCAAUACCAUGGCUCGGUCCCGGCGGAACUUUACUUCAAAUAUGGUAGCUUGGCCGAGCAUGACCAUGCCACGGCACGCAAAACAAGCGGCGACGAGCCCGACCUCGAACCGAUCGAUUUGUUCAGAAAGUACAAGGUGCUACCUCCCUUGACCAGUCUGCGGAACAGUAGCGGACAAUUUGAUUUCAUUCAACGCAAGGAAGCCUUUGGGUUGUACUACGUUGGUCACGCCUUCCCCGGUAUGCUAUGGUCCAUCCUGAUGGCAGUGCAGAACACAAACAAAUUCCGCAAGGCGUAUCCUCGUGCCCACCGUGUCCUUGGACGGAUCACCCUCGGCAUCUCGACGCUCUUGAGCCUCUCUGGCUGGGCACUCCUUCGCAAAAAGGGGCUUUCGUACCGCCAUGAAGACUGGAGUCAUCUCCACAAAGUACGAUUCAAUGGCACAACAGUGUUCCUGUGGCCAAGCUUCGCCAGCAUGACUGAUAUCAUCGGCAUCCUUGUCAUGUUUACGGGCUACAAAACCAUCGUUUACGCGCGUCAGGGCAACUACGCUGCGCAUCGGACAUGGGCGCGCUUCCACACCUACGCCGGGUUCGCCAUCCCUGUCCAGAGAGUUUGGCUAGGUAUCAUCCUCAGUGUUGCCAUGCUCAUUCCUCUCUUGCCCAAGUCAAUCCUUCAACGUUUCAACUAUCCCUCGAACGACGAAGCUAUCUACAAGGCGGAGCUCGGUUCUCAGGGCCUUGCAGUUUUCUUAGCGGCCGUCAGCACAGCAUUCAUUGUCUACCGCGACGUAGUUCAGCGACCGUCAAGGCGCGACCACGCAAAUGUCAAGCUCAGCUGA